UCAGCGAGUGCGCGUGCACGCAGAGGAGCGCGCGCUCUGAGAGUGUUCGGACAGUGACCGUUACAGCAGCUCCGCGAAAAUACGCGUUAUUUUACACAAAAAAACUAAAUAAUGGAGACUUAUAAACGGAAUGGGAUACCCCUGAGCACACUCAAUCCUAAAUUCCUGCACACUAAUUCCACCAGCCAUACCUGGCCCUUCAGCGCCAUUGCUGAGCUAAUAGACAAUGCUUACGACCCAGAUGUCUGUGCCAAGCAGUUCUGGAUAGACUGGACGCGCAUCAAAGGGCUGGACUGCCUCUCAUUCAUGGAUAAUGGGGCAGGCAUGAACAGAGCCAGACUACAUAAGAUGCUUAGCUUUGGUUACAGUAACAAGGAAGCUGUGAAAGACCAUAUUCCAGUGGGCAUCUAUGGCAAUGGCUUUAAAUCAGGCUCCAUGCGUCUGGGGAUGGAUGCUAUUGUUUUUACGAAGACCAAAAAAAGUAUGAGUAUAGGUCUGCUGUCUCAGUCUUACCUGCAGGCCAUUAAAGCCCAAAAGAUCAUGAUCCCUAUUCUCACCUUCAGACGGGAUGAGCAAAACUUACCAGAAGACGGAGCCAGUUUGGAUGCUAUCCUUAAGUAUUCCCUAUUUAACACAGAGAAGGAGCUGUUCUCUGAGUUGCGUGCCAUCAUUUCUGCCGGACCCACUGGCACACGCAUCAUUAUCUGGAACCUGCGCACGACCACAAGCGGCGAGACAGAAUUUGACUUUGAAACAGAUAAAUAUGAUAUUCAGAUUCGAGCGAAUGCCAGCGAAAACACCAGUGACAGUCUGGCAAUGAUGCCAGAAAGUAGAUAUUCUCUAAGAGCAUACUGUAGCAUUCUGUACCUGAAACCACGUAUGCAGAUUAACAUUAGAGGACAGAAAGUGAAAACCCAGCUUAUCUACAAGAGUCUGGCUCAUAUCGCCAAUGACCACUACAGACCUCCAUACCUAACCAAGCGCAUUCGGAUCACGUUUGGGUUCAACACUAAAAGAAGGGAGCAUUAUGGCAUCAUGAUGUACCAUAAAAAUAGACUUAUCAAAGCUUAUGAAAAAGUGAGCUGCCAGCGCAGGGCAGAGAGAAAUGGUGUUGGAGUCAUUGGUGUGAUUGAAUGUAAUUUUCUCCAACCAACGCACAACAAGCAGGACUUUGAUGACACAGAUCAAUACAGGAAAACCAUGCAUAACCUAAGCGUGAAACUGGAAGAGUACUGUAAUGAGAUCCGAUACAAACGCAAGAAAGAGGACCCAAAAUGCACCAUUCCAAUAGAAGAUACAGUGAAAGUUCCGGAUCAGGUCUGGGUCCAGUGUGACAGCUGCCUGAAGUGGAGACGACUUCCAGAUGGCUUUGACUGCAGCCGCCUUCCAGAGAAAUGGUUCUGCAACAUGAACCAUGACACACAAUUUAGGAGUUGCAUGGUGGAAGAGGAGCUCAAUGAUGAAGAAGAGAAGCUAAAGUCAUACCCUAAACCCUUCAAACGCCAGAAAAGGAAUAGCAAAAGUCUACAAGAGGAGAAUGUGCCAGAGGGACUAGAGACUUCAAGCCCAGUAUCUCCUCUGCCAGCCAGGCAGCCCAAGAACACUGUGUCCGGGGAAAUGUAUCAGUCUGAACACAGUCCAUCUCUGGAUCACAGACCACAGCUCCCUCUAGUCAAUCUCAGUGCCCUCUCUAAUCCACGAAAAAGGAUAAAAUGGAAACGCACUUUAACUGAAGAGGAGUCCACAGCAGGAAGCAUUGUAUCAUGGGAUCCUUUUUCUCCUGAAGCAGCUGGCACUUCCACUCACCCACAUUUCAGUCCUGAGGUGAAGGAAAAGAACAAAAAAUCUGAGGUAGUGGGAAAUUUGAAUUCAGAUAAACAGAUGAACAAUGAAGAAAACCAAAUCACAGAAAGGUUUGAGCCGUACCAGGAGCCUGUUGAGGAGGAUGAAGAGGGGCAAGAGAGAGAGGAGUUAACCUCCACAGAUCUACCACAGUCUGACUCUAAACAAGAGUCAGAAAAUGCAUGUGACACUGAGGAGGAGCUUUGGAGGCAGGAGAAGGACAGACUGAUGGAUAUGUUGAGGGAGGCUGUGGAGGAGAGGGAUAUGUGCAAGGAGGAGCUGGAGGUGAUUCGUGGGCAAUGUGCUGCCCUAGAAGAUGGGAGGAGUCAACUUCUGAGCAGGCUAGACAAGGUUGAAGAAGAGAAAACCAGGCUCUCGACCCUGUGUGAUCAGCUUAAGUCCAAACUGAAGAUGCUGAAAACAGAGAUGGAUGAUAAAGAAGACAGUGCCCUCAGACAAGAGAGGAUGAAGCUGAGGAAUUUGCGAGUCAGCCUGGGUCAUCUGCUAGUGUCCUUCAUGCCUGCUCUCAGCCUGGAGCAGGUGGACUUCAGUAGUGACAUCAUUGAUGAGCUCCUUAAACAGGUCCUACAGGAAGUCACUCAGAGCAGCGUAACGUAAAUCUUAAUUUUUAACCUUGACACAGCCUGCAACAGUUGUAUUUAACAGUCUCAUUUAAUUGUUUAACUUGUAAUUUACAUGUUUAUUAUUUUACUAUCCUACAUUUAUUACUAAAAGCAUUUUUGCUUUUCAUUUUUGAUUAUUUGUAAUGAGUUUCUUUUGCUUGUAUGAUUGUUUAAUUAUUUUAUGUACUCUUAAUAUUUUUUAAUAUUAUUGUGUUCUCUGCUGAACUGUUCUUAUUUCAAAGAGCUUGCUAUACGUUUGAGUUCUAAUUUUAUUCUGGUAAUUCCUUGUGUGUAAUGCUUGGCUACAUUAUAAAUUUACAGUUUAAGUUUAUAUAAAGGUGGAUUGAUGUCUUUAUACCCGAAA